AUGUUGGGUGCGGUGGUGUGCUGCAAACUUGCGAUGGGGGCGGCCAGGUCUGGCAGCACCGCCGUGUCGACGAUGAAGGUGGCCUUGGACAAGAUCAGUACGGUGCCGAUGGAGGCCCUCGCCGCUGGUGCCGAUGUGUCCAUGAUUGGGCAGUUUGGUGUUGGCUUCUACUCCGCCUACCUUGUUGCCGAGAGGGUCGUCGUCACCAUGAAGCACAACAACGACGGGCAGUACGUGUGGGAGUCCCAGGCCGGUAGCUCCUUCACCGUCACUCGUGAUACGUUUGGGGAGCAGCUCGGCAGGGGUACCAAGAUGGUCCUCUACCUCAAGGACGACUAG